AUGUCAACUGAAGACUGCCUGCCAGGGGCGGCUGCGGGAUGCGUGGUCGAUGGACAGUUCCUUUCGGGUUACCAGACGUUGGGAACAGAGGUCUCUGUGCCAGCUCACAGGAGCACCCCAGACACUGAUCUGGAGGUUCAGAGGGUGGUGGGGGUGUUGGCGUCUCAGGAUUAUCAUGUUCUGGCGGCCCAGAGGAAAGAUGACCCGAGCCCUUUAAACCUUUGCCAUCAUGUCCCUGAUCAGCAGGGGGAGGCAAAGGACACGCUGAGGAACACGGUGGAGAGGGCUGCUGCCGAGAAGAGCCAGCCCAGGAGUCCCUACCUAAGGUCCCCCGAAGAGCCGCUUAGACAAAGACAGCUGACCAAAGGAAUGGUGAUAGCCAACGGCAAGCCAGUCCUGGUUCCCGUUGGGUCUGAGCCCAUCAGGUCUUCCGCUUCAGAAACCCUGGUGAGGCCGAGCCCCGAGGCGCAGACGCGAGGAGGCGUGCUGGAAAAGGACCUGGCCCAGCUGCAGCCGUCCAGCGCCUCGCACUUGCCCUCCCACUUCAUGAAGGGAGCCAUCAUCCAGCUGGCUACAGGAGAGCUGAAGCGGGUGGAGGACCUGCAGACUCAAGACUUUGUCCGCAGCGCGGAGGUGAGCGGGGGCCUGAAGAUCGACUCCAGCACCGUGGUGGAUAUUCAGGAAAGCCAGUGGCCUGGGCUUGUCACGCUGCAUUUUGUGGUCGGGGAGCAACAGAGUAAAGUGAGCAUUGAUGUGCCCCCGGAGCAUCCCUUCUUCGUGUACGGCCAGGGCUGGUCCUCCUGUAGCCCGGGGCGGACUGCUCAGCUCUUUGCUUUGCCCUGUCACAGGCUGCAAGUGGGCGACGUCUGCAUAUCAAUCAGUUUACAGAGCAUGAACAGCAGCUCUGCUUCUCAGGCUAACUCCCCUCUCACAGAUCAGCCGAUGCCGAUGCCUACCAGGGAGAGAUCAGAACGAACAGCUCAGGGGUCCAGAGAACCGUCUGACAGAGCUGCUGAAAGGAAGAGCCACACCGAGAGGGAUGGCGCGGCCCAGAGCUCUCACGCAGAACCCUCUCAGCCUGAGGCUGGCGGUCAGCACAGCUGGACAGCCCCAGGCUUCCAAAGAUACAGCAUGCAGGCAGAGGAGCCUCGGCCCUCUCUGCUCCGUCCCUCUUUCAUCCCCCAGGAGGUCAAGCUGUCCAUCGAAGGGCGUUCUAAUGCAGGGAAGUGA